GCAUCGUCCCUUGUCUAACCACAUGCACUCACACCAAUCGCGACGAACCGCGAUCUUUGUAGCAAGGUGCUCCUUGCCAAGUAGAAGGAAGAAUAUCGGUCGAAUCGACACCGUCAAAAGAGCAUCGUCGAUAAGUUUUUGCUGCAAGCGCGGCAUCCCCGACCUUAGUAUCAGGACCUCCUCAUCACGUAUUCAGGCCGCUCAAAUCCUCAAGGGGAAGAUGCCAUCUCAAUAUCUUUAGCCACAGCCAGCAGGCGUCUCCUUAGAUCGGGAGGUCAUGUCGAACUGGGAGGCGAGCUCGACUCCCAGCUUGAGCACCAAGAGACCUAGCCUACCGAAGCCAAGACAGCCGUACUUACUGCACAAAGAGGACAGGUUCUCCGCCGCAUGCUCAGUAGAAGCUAAGCUGGCCUCACGAUCCUCCUGGAAGAAAGGCCAGGUCUCCAUCGAUUCUAUUGCCGAAGGCGUUCGCGAUACUUCAAAACUAUGCAUUCACGACAGCCCGACACAACACAGAAAAUUGAAGUUGAUCGAGAUGCCGCCUUCGUCAGAACGACAUAGAGCCAUGGGCUUUGGUCUACUCGGUUUUUUGAUCUUGUCUCUAUCGCUAGCAUGCUCUGGUGCAUCCGCAUUCGAGGUCAAUGACUGGGAGGAUGCGUGUAAGCCUGGCUUCAUGUCCAUCAGCCUCGGACCUUCGUAUGCAAGCGUGGGCAAGAUACAACGCGGUGCCAGGAGGAUACCGCUUGAUGGCCAGAGUUUCACGAUCAUGGGGUCGGAUGAAUUGGCAUAUCACGCACAAAGCGAUCCAUGUCUUUCAAGUGCUCUAUUCGAUUCCAGUGUUAUGGUCUGCGACGCCACCGAACCCGAGUACUUCCUACAUCGGGCUCUCAAACAUUCGAUCCCUCACGUAAAUCUAGGCGAUCCUGAUGAAGUUCACAUUUUCAGAGACUCGGUAGUUGAAGCCCUCCGGAAACUCAAAGAGGUAGCCAAAGUCUGGACACUUGAACCCAUUGAACAGGCAUUUGUGACUGUGCCGCAAUAUUUCACCAAGGAAGAACGCAAUAUCAUAACGGAAGCGGGUUCUUCCGUUGGAAUAGAAGUACUUCGCAUCAUGAAUGCGCCUACCGCCGCUGCUAUUGGGCUCGGCAUAGACAAGCUGGACGACGAGUUCCACUUCAUUGUGUACGACCUAGGGAGAGAAACCUUCGAGGUAUCUUUGUUCGAGGUUGAUGCAGGUGUGUUUGAAGGUCUGGCUAGUGUCAGUGAUCACCAGCUUGGCAAUGAGGUGGGCGAAUUGAUGCAUCAAAAGCAGCUGAGAGGGAGCUCGGUAUUCGACGCAAUUGAGAUGGAGACACUCGAAAAGACACUACCCCUUCUGGGUCAGGUUAUCGAAAGCGCGAAUCUUUCUAACAACGACAUUUCAAAAGUCCUUAUUGUGGGAGGCUACACCGAAGCGGCACAGUUAAGAUCCAUGGUAAAGGCCUUCUUCGGUACCGGAACCUCUGCGAUCUUCGAUUACCCACGAAGUCUCCGCUUGAUACCAGAUACGUGGGACUACGACGAAGUUGUCACGUUUGGCGCGGCUGUCUUUGCCGAGAAUGUCUGUGGACACGGAAGAUACGACGAACUAGUCGGUACUUUUGAGGUGAAUCCACGAGCUGUCCUUCUCGAGAUCAUCGGAGGCGAGGCGCAUCGGGUGUUCCAGCGAUACACAAUACUCCCGAGUACUCGGGCCAUGACCUUCACCACAACAGUGGACGGACAGACGAGGAUCGUGAUACCAGUCUUCCAGGGCGAGCUCCCAGAUGCGAGAAUGAACGACGAAGUCCUCAUUCUCAGGUUGGAUUGCAUCCCACCUGCGCCUCGCGGAACUCAGACUAUCCAAAUGGUUUUAGAGGCAGACGUUGACGCUGCGGACGGAGCGUACAGGUUAUUGCUCAAGGCUUCGGUGCAUCUCGUGGGCGCGAAGGAGCAGUGUUCAUACAGUGCUUCCGGCAUUCUCCAUGACUUUGGUGCAGUUGAUGCACUCAGUGGCGAAGAAAUCGAGCUUGAGGCAGCGUAUGCCUAUGCAAGAGUCGAGCCCGGGCGGCCUGGUAUCUGCAUCAAUCCUCAAAGCGGUAUUGACCAUCACUACGUGGCGGUAGCUGAAUAA